CAUAGAUUUAUUAAAGCUGAACUCCGGCCUUCCCUCCGGUCUUGCACAGGUGUACCGGCUCCUCCCCUUUGGUCUUGCACAGGUGUACCGGCUCCUCCCCUUCAGUCUUGCGCAGGGGUAGCGGCUCCUCCUUUUCAGUCUUGCGCAGGUGUACUGGCUCCUCCCCUUCAGCCUUGCACAGGUGUAACGGCUCCUCCCCUCCAGUCUUGCAUAGUUGUACCGGCUCCUCCCCUCCAGUCUUGCACAGGUGUAGCGGCUCCUCCCCUUCAGUCUUGCACUGGUGUAUCG